GAGAGAGAGAGUAAGAGUGAAGUAAAACUGAAUUCAUCUAAUUUUUUUUAAAAAUUUGAUUUGUAAUUAAUUAAUUAAAUUGUUACUCUUUAUCUUGUUUUUUUUCUCUCUCUCUCUUUGUUAAUAGUUCUUGACCCUUGUAACAUCCUCCUUUUCUUUUCACCUUCCUUUUCCCCUUUAAUUUAAUCCUAACAAAAAUAAUCGUGUUUCUAUCUUCUUCUUCUCUCACCUUCUCUUCUCUCUCUCUCUCUGUAUGUUUCACAAAAUGAAUACUAAAGUAUCCACUGUGUCCUCAAGCGCCUCUUACGCCUCAUCAGCGGCCAUACCAGUAACCAAUGUGUCUCCUGGUGUAACUCCAAAUAUCACUUCUUCUACUUUCUCACCUCCCUCAACAACAUUGUCUACUCUUUCUAAUAAUAAUAAUAAUACUAAUAAUGUUGAUACGAAAACGACUUCCACACCAGAUAUUAAUCCCCAAGCCAUUGGUAGAGCCUUUGUUAGACAAUAUUAUACCAUGUUGAACUCCGGCCCGCACAUCUUACAUAGGUUUUACAGUGAUGAAUCCGCAUUGUUACAUGCUGGUUCCAAUUCGUCUGAAGACCCACCAAGCGCUGUCUAUGGUCAAGAAAAUAUAUAUAAGAAAAUAAUGUCGCUCAAUUUCAAGAAUUGUCACACUAAAAUUAUCCAUGUUGAUAGUCUUGAGACUGUUGGUAAUGGUGUAGUCAUUCAGGUUAUCGGGGAGCUCUCCAAUGAUUCACAGCCGAUGAGGAGAUUUAUUCAGACUUUUGUAUUGGUUCCUAGAUCACAAACCAAUUACUAUGUAAGAACAGACAUAUUUCGUUACCAAGAUCAAGAUGAUGAUGAAAUGUGCGAGGCGGAAAUGGUCGAUGAAGUAAGCAUUGAAAGGACAGAAGUCCAACCCUCGCCAGUCAAUCAACAGGUACAACCCCAACCUCAACCUCAACCUCAACCACAGCUACAACCACAACAACUACCACAACAAUUACCACAACAACUACCACCACCACCACCACAACAACAACAACAACAACAACAACAACAACCAACACCACAACCAAUUCUUCAACAUCAACCUCAAUUGGCUACUCCAGCUGCCCCCGCUGUUGUUACUGAGCACUUUAACAGUGCGGUCAUCGCCGAUAACGUGACUAGCAGUUGUCCGACUAAUGAAGUACCCAAGUAUCCUGAACUUAAUAUCAAUGGUAAUAUUAAUGAAGUAACCCAUAUCGAAGAGACUGUUGAAAUACCUGUUGUAGAAACUAUCGUAGUGGAAAAGACUAAAAUCGAUUCACCAGUUGGUAAUAACAUUGAUGAAGGUUAUAAUGAAGGAGAAGAUCGUCUUGCUAAUGAUAGCUCCGGGUCACAUGGCUCAGAGGAGCAAAAUUAUGAAGCUACUCAAGAAGAGAGUGGAAACUCAAACGAGCCUAAGACCUAUGCAAAUAUGGUCAGUAAGAAUCCUGGAAGUACGACCAGUAUCCUCCAUUCACCACCUUUUUCAUCAACUAAUAAUACGGUGGUUAAGCCUAUCGAUGGAAAUAAUGUCGCAGUUAAUGUUCCAACUUUUAACAAGAAUAAGCAUUCUAGGUCUUCUAACGAUAAGAAUGUAGACAAUACCCAAUCAACUGGUCCCUCCGUGACACCUCUGCCUACAACUAAUCAUCAAGUUAGCAAUAUUUCUAAUGCUAGUAAGCCUCUCACUUCAAAUAAUCAAAGAGAGUCUAAAAAUCGUGGGUCUCGAGGUGAGCAAGGAAGGAAAGCUCGUAAUGAGAAUAGGGAAAUAACUCCUUCAGGAGCGGAAAAUGAUACGACCCAAGGAGGAGAUUCAAGUGGUGAUUUCAGUGUACGUAAGCAACAGUUCUCAGAUGAGCAGCAAGUGUUUGUGGGUAAUCUUCUUCAAGAUAUUACGGAAGAUCAACUUCGUAAUUUCUUCUCGAAGUAUGGUAACAUUAUCGACGUAAGGAUAAAUAGAACAAACCAAAAGCAAGGACGAACUCCAAACUACGGAUUCGUCACUUUCGAUGAUCCGUCUAUUGUAAAGAAAAUUCUUUCUAUGAAACCAAUAUAUUUUGACGACCAUCGCUUCAACGUGGAAGAGAAAAGGUCACAAGCUAAUCGAGGAACUGGGAACAACAACAACAACAACAAUAAUAAUAACAAUAAUAAUAAUAAUAACAAUAACAACAAUACCAAUAGAAGUGGUUCUAGUGGUGUUCAGGGAGCUAAUCAAGGACGAUCAAUGAAUAAUUCAAAUUCAUCUGGUUCUCGAAAUCAAUCAGGAAUACGUAGAGACCGAGGUGAUCGAGGAGACAGGGGAGGUGAUCGAGAACGAGAUCGAGGUAGAGAUAGAGAUCGUUCUGAUGUUAAUAAUUUAAAAGAUCGUGAUCAGGACAGAGAUAGAGACAGGGAACGUGAACGUAAACAAAUUAAUUCAUCCAAUCGUAAAACGAAAGGACAAUUAGGUUUAAAAAGCAACUUGAUGCCAUGAAGACAAAAGCAAAACAAAAAUGAAACAAAAUAUGAUUAAAUCUUAUCUUUAUUUGUGAUGAAAACAAAAAAACAUUUUCAAAAAAAAAGCUUCUUCAUCGUCAAGAUCUUAUUUUGACCUUAUCUUUGAAAUUGUCAUAAAAUCAUCAAUUAAGGGUCAAUUUAUAUUGACGCUCCCUCAUUGACAAUUGUUUCUAGAAAAGGAGGAAAAGUUUUUACUCCUUUUGUUUCCGGAGUCAACGAUCACAGAAUUAUUUAUCCUUUUUGGAUAAGGAAAAACAAUUCUGCAUGUAAUUAACACGAAAAGACAAGAGAUAUGGAUAAUUAAUAAAAAGAAUCAGAAUCCAUUGAGGAAGAUCAAACUUCCAAUCUAUUAUAUUAAGAUGCUUUAAA